CCUCAGGAAAAUCGGGGCUGCCCAGCGGGUUCCGCAACUCCCCCCAGUUCUGAGGGAGGCUUCAGGGGAUUACAGACGGUCUCAAGAGGGAGGCCCAGCCGGUCCCGGGGCCCGCUCAGGCCCAGCAGCUCCAUGGAGGACACCGGCGAGGACCCCACCACGUUUGCUGCCCACUCUCUGCCCAGUGACCCCCGUCUCUUGGCCACUGUGACCAACGCAUACCUGGGCACACGAGUGUUUCACGACACGCUGCACGUGAGCGGCGUGUACAAUGGGGCUGGUGGGGACACGCACCGGGCCAUGCUGCCCAGCCCCCUCAACGUCCGGCUGGAGGCUCCUGCAGGGAUGGGGGAGCAGCUGACCGAGACCUUUGCCCUGGACACCAACACAGGCUCCUUUCUUCACACCUUGGAGGGCCCCCGCUUCCGGGCCUCCCAGUGCAUCUAUGCGCACCGCACGCUGCCCCACGUCCUGGCUUUCCGUGUGUCCAUCGCCCGCCUGGCCCCCGGGAGUGGGCCCAUCACGCUGCUCCUGCGGUCAGUCUUCUCCCCAGAAAGCCCAGACCUGGACCUGCAUCAGGGUCCUGACUUCCAGGGAGCCCGGUAAGGAGGGGGCUGGAUUUGCAGCCAGGG